ACAAUAAUAACAGCCAAAGUUUGAAUAUGACAAAUGGAAAUCUGAAUAACAAUAAUAAUAGUCAACAGUCUUCAUCAACUUUGAUCAAUUCUACAAUAACAUCAUCAUCGACAACAAAUUCUAUGGAUAAUAAUUCUACAACAAUUAGUAAUCAGUUGAAUAAUAAUUACACAUCAUCGCCAACAUCAAUGACAGAUUCAAAAUCACAUUCAUCAAUGGGCAAUAAUGAUCAGCAGCAGCAGCAGCUACAAGUAGCCGGAAAUAAUAAUAAUGAUAUGGCUAUGAAUGAAACAAAUCUAUCGGUGAAUGGUAAGCCAACAUCAGCAGCAGCAGCAUCAUCGUCAUCAACAGCAUCAUCAACAUCAACAUCAUCAUCACCAGUACCGUCUCCUUUAUUGCCAAAUUCUCAACAACAACCACCACAAUCUCAACAAUCAUCAACCAUUAAUACAUCAUCAUCGCCAUCAUUAAUUGUGACUGCUUCCGGCAUUACUUCAACACCAUUAUCACCAAUAUUGAAUAGUGCCAGUGUUAUUAAUAAUAAUAAUAAUAAUCAUCAUUUUCAGGUACCAAAAAAUUCAUCAUCAUCAUCAUCAACAGCGACAACAACAGCAACAACUUUGCAACAACCAAAUAGCAAUAUGGUCAACAAUACAAUGACCAAUAAUAAUGUGAUGCAUCCACCGAUAAACGUAUCGACACAUUCAAAUAAUCAUCAUCAUUAUAAUCAUCAUCAACAUCAAAUAUCAUCACCAUCAACAACAUCAUCAUCAUAUCAACCAAUGAAAGAUACAACAUUUACGAAAAUAUUUGUCGGUGGUCUACCAUAUCAUACUACCGAUAAAUCAUUAACAAUUUUUGAAACAUUCGGCGAUAUUGAAGAAGCUGUUGUCAUUACUGAUCGUCAGACUGGUAAAUCUCGUGGCUAUGGAUUUGUGACAAUGGUGAAUCGUGAAUCGGCUGAAAGAGCCGUCAAAGAUGCCAAUCCAAUUAUUGAUGGUAGAAAAGCAAACGUCAAUCUGGCCUAUUUAGGUGCCAAACCACGGAAUGGAUUCCUACAAAAUGGUUUUCCAUUUUCAUCGCUAACCAGAAAUGCAAUUGCAGCUGUAUCCACUGGUGGUGGUCCUUAUCCAACAUUUCCAAAUUCAACCGGUACAGCAUUUGGACAUGGAUCACAAUUUGGAUUUCCUGCUCAACCACAUAUAAUGUAUCAUCAUCCAGGAUCAUCAGCAUUAGCAGCUGCUGCUGCUGCUACAGCAGCAACUACACCACCUGCGGCAACAUUUUUACCAUCAGCAACACCAGCAGGUUUAUUAUUAACACCACCAAGCGCUUUCUAUUCAGAUUAUGGUCUAGCUGGUCCUAAUACAGCAUCAGCAGCUACAGCUGGAACAACUGGUCCAUUUCCGCCAUCAGGUUAUCCACCUGAUUCUGGUACAAUAUUGACUACAUUUUUAGCGCCAACAUUUGCUGCUGCACCACCACCACCACCACCACCACCAUCCACAAUAGUUAGUUCAUCAUCAAAUUCUGGUCAUCAUCAUCAUCAUCAUCAUCAACAACAUUAUAAUGGUACAACCGGUGGAAAUCAUCAUCAUCAUCAUCAUCCUCAUCAUCAUCAUGCAGCAGCGGCAGCCGCAGCACAACAAGCAAUGGUAGCUGCUGCAGCAGCUAAUGCAUUAGCAGGAAUAUCUGGACCACCAUUACCACCACCACAAUCAUCAACAACCGGUGGAUCAUCAUCAACAAUGACGCCAACAAAUUCAGCAGCAGCAGCUGCGGCUGCUGCUGCAUUCUAUCUAAAUGGUCAACAUACAACCAAUGGAUUCUUAACUGGUGUUAUUACACCAUCAUCAUCGAAUGCCUAUCUUAAUGAUACAAGAAUUGGAUAGUUUUUCAUAAAGACAA